UAUUAACUUCCACUCAGAGCAAGCUUCCUGUUUGAGAAAAGAGCAAUGCUGACGGUCCUGCAUGACCCACAGUUUGUUACUUGUGACUAACUAUGGCCACUGAAAGCAAUAUGCAGAUUUUAUUCCACGAAUUGAAGAAUAUUUUUCCUGAGAUACCUCAAGAAAUAAUUCAAGAGAAUAUUAUGAAGUUUGCUUCAAACAGAGAUGCCUGUUUAAAACAAUUAAAUAAAGAAAGUGAACGGUUCAAGUGUAACAGCUUCUCUAGCUCAACAACUGAGUCAUCAAUAAAAGAUCAGUUUUCUCCUCUAACAUCAACAACCAAUAAUGUUUAUGGCAUAGGAAGAGAACUACAACAGAAUCACCAUGUUUUUCCUAAACAGAUUUGUGGCAUUUCCAACAUGGAAAACUUUAAUUCUAAUUUUAAUUUUCCAAGUGACACAAGAAUCCAGGAGCUCCAGGAAUUUAAUCUUACAUCAGGUCUCAGACAUUCUCAUAGCUCUCAAGAAGUACCAGAUUUGAUCAGGCAAAACAAAAAUUUAGAGAGCAGGAGCCCUUCCUUAAACAUUAUAAGACCAGAACAACCAGAUGUUCCUUCUGCUAGUGAGAACUGUAUGAAACCAACAGGUUCCACUCCAAGACAUGUAACUAGAAUGGAAAUUAGUCCACAACCAUAUUAUGCACCUAAUGGUCAGUAUUUUGAUUUAUUUCGUUCUGGUUCUGGACGUCACUCAACUGCUGUGAACAUUCAACUGCGUCAACCAUCAUUAGAGGUGCAACCUCCAUUAGAAAUUAUUUCAACACCAUUAUGCCCAAUCCCAUCUCGGGACUUUAAUUCUCAACUUCAGAUAUCUAUUACAUCUUCUGGUGCUGCUGUCACAGCCUUAAGAAAGCAGAGACAAAGUCAGUCUCCCAAUUCCCUUCAGCCUCCAGCAGGCUAUCUUAGCCCUACCCACAUGCCAUUAUCAAACUCUCUGGUGAGUCCUCAGCAUCUAGCCCCUCGUACAAAAGCUAAAGCCUCAACUAAUUUAGCAUUUGGUAACUCAAGACAGUCUCCUGAGCGUCCUAUAUCUUGGCCCUCAACACAAACUGAUCCUCACAGGAGUAUAAUAGACCAGUCAGACCCCUGGCCCUCCAAAUUGUUCCAACAGCCUAUCCAAUUUAUAACAAACCCCGUUCCGCAGGGUCCAACCACUGCAGGCAGUGGAUUUAGAAAAGAUGAUGAUAAAGCUUAUACUCAAGCAUUACUUCUUCAUCAAAGGGCCAGAUUAGAUAUACUGAAGAGAGAAUUAGAGAAUGUGAAAAAAUUAAAAGAACAGCUUCGUAGUGAGGUUCUUACUAUGGAAGAAGAACUGUGUAGAAGAAACACCAAUAAUUUUCCAUUUACAAAUGUAGAAAAUUUACAAAAAUUUCAAGAAGAAAAAAGAAGACUUCAAGUGGCUUGUCACUGUUUAUCUAGAGAAGUUGAUUUAUACAAUGAGGGGCAGGUUCCUCUAGGUGUAAUAGAUGAAAACUUCUACAAGAACAUAUUUACUGGACCCUCUGGACCCAUUCCUCCAGCAGUUCCUAAACAAGAUAGAGAAUCUCCCCAACUAUCACCAGGAACUCUCACCCCAGGUAACACUAGUGGAAUGUCAGAAGCAGAAGAAAAUGAUGAAGGAAACAUGUGGAAAUGUUCAGAGUGUACUUUCCAUAAUCACCCUGCACUAGAUAAAUGUGAAGUGUGUGAGAUGCCACGUGUGAUUAUAGAUGACAACAAUAGUCAACCACUGUACUACAGCCACUGUGAUAUGGGGGGUGGGCCUGGCCCUCGACAGGGAGUGGGCCAUGUGCAGAUCCAUAUAAGACAAAAUCCUUCCCCAAACCAGAACUCUGCGGGCAAAAGUUUGGAGUUACGUUUCACUCACAGAUUAGGAGUUAUACGUAGAUAGCAUUUGGUGGUUCAGCAUAGCAGAUACAGACAGCUUGGCUUUGCAGUGUUAAUGGUGUCUCUCAUAGGAGUUGCAGCACCCUCGUAAACCAUUGAAUCAGUCUUCCAUUUGAAAUAAGUAAUUAAAGAUAAGAAAGUAAAUUAUUCUGAUUUUAUGUUCAUUAUUGACUGAAUAAGAAAAAUCGGUGAACUCGGGCUGUGAAGCCAUUUUCCCAGUGAGCACUAGUCAUAGACUUUUUCUUUUAGGGAGAGCAGUCUGUGUACACUCAGCGAAGGAGAAUAAUUGUGUGAUAGUCUGAUGAUAUUGAUACAUUUCCUACUCUCUCUCUCUCUUUUUAUAGGAAAUGGUAAAAGCUGAAUAAAGUUUUGUAACAUAACAGACCACAAAAGAAUAUAUAGACUUUUAAGCAAAGUUUUCAUGUUCAAGAACAAGUUCUCUGUACAGAUGACUAACACCAAACAACCAACAACUACAUCAUCAAGUGAGUUUAUCCACAAAAGUUAUGCACCUGUAAGAAGGAAAUUCAUGUACAAUAGCCAUAUAAAGUUUGGUGAGCAAAAUAAAUUGAAAGGGCUUGGCCACCUGGACUGUUACCAGUAUUUUAGUGUAUAGUUAUUCAUAUGAUUAGUGAAAUAUGUCCAUAAAGAUCCUAUUAAGGUGCUCAUCAAAUAAACUUUCAAAAUCUGCGUGAUGCAAGUAGUUUUCCAAUGUGGGCUAUAUAUAUCCACUUCCAAAGUAGGAAUUGCAGUAAAAUAAUUCACAUAGAAAGUUGGUGUUUUGUCUAGAAAAAAUAGAUGCAUUUAUUGAAACAGUUUUGUACUAGCUGAAAUGCAGAAAUUACUCCAUAAAAGAAAAACUCCAAGAGUAAGGGAAAACAAAGCUAGAAGAAUGUAGAAGUUGACUGACUGUAUUGCAGAAUGUAAUUAGUGACAUCAGCUUAUAUAAUCAACUUGGUUUAAUGAGUCUUCCUUCCUUAUUGAAAGCAAAGAAAAUAAAACGAGAACUUCUAAAAAAAACAACAAUAUCUCAAUAAUAACAACCUGAAGAUUCAGAGGACUACUCAAGAAAAGAAUUUAUGAGAACUGUUCACAAAGAACAAAUCAGAAUGGGAAAUAAAUUUAAAAGUUGAUCAGUUCUAGCUAAUGAGAAGUCACAUCCAAAAUAAGCAGCAAUAGAAUUUUUAAACAAAUUUCUAAAAUAAUGUUUUUGUUGACAACAGAAAUGUAAUGUUACCAGCUCUAUCAAACAGUAUAAAUUACCACUAGGAAAGGAAUGGGCACUGUUGUUAUGCAAAUGUAUCUAACAGAAAGGGGAAACUACAGUAUUACAGUAAGUGAAAAAUCUUCAAACAUAUAGAUAAGAGAAACCCAAACCUUUGCUUGUAAUGAGAAGCCUGAUAUAUAAUAUAACAUAGACAUACCUCUAGAAUAAUCAGUUGGCACCUGGUACACAGUUUUCACAAGUAGAAAGAAGCCUGCAGUGACUGGAUGUACAAUACAUAACAAAUAUAGACAAGAUGACCAUCUGCUGGCACACAAUACAUUCUAGUAGUAAAGAUCCUUAAGUGAUACUGGAUGUGUAAUACAACAUGGAAUUAAACGAGAUAGACGUCAGCUGGUACUCAUCAUUUACAGAAUAACUACAUGCCAAGUAAAAUUAACAGUGUGGAAAAGAUUUUCUUGGAGAAUAUCUGUGCUAUUUUGCUUUUGAGAUACAGCAGUAAAAACAACUAGGUCAUGUUUCAUUUCCAGAUGAAGAUGGAAAAAGAAUUUGUGUAUGAACACUAGUGAAUGUCACUUUACUUGGAAUAAACAAAAACUGUAAAUGCAAAUUUUAUAUAAAUGUGGUAAUUUUUACUCUUGAACUAAUACAGAAAGUUCUUUGGAUGUAGAGCUCUAUUUCUAUAACCAUGGGUGUAUGCAUGAUAAUAAUAUUCUUAGAAAAAUAUUUUAUAUUAUUUUUAUGUAAUGUGUUUUUAUUAUUUUAAAAUUUCAACCAGAAAAAUCAAAGUUUACUUGGAGUAGUUUUCUUAGGGAUCUUACUUUGUUGUCUCAUUGCUUCAGGUUCUUCACAAAAUAGGCUGGUUACGAAUAUAGAAUUUCAGUAGAUGUUUUACACCAUAGUUUUUAUUUUAGUAACUUUUAAACGAUAGUUGCACCAAUGUAAUUUUAGUUUUUUUUUUGUUUUUUUUUCAACCCUAACUUCUAGAACUUGAAAGUUAAUUUUAGAUGCAGAAAAUAUAUAUAUAUAUAUAAAAGCUGAUAUUAGAAAUAUAUUAUUUAAAUUGAAAUGUUUGAGUUAAACAUUUUAAUUGUGAUAUGUUUGUAGCUGUGUAAUCAUGUUUGUACCAUGUAAUUUUUGAUCCAAAGUUUAUCUUAAGAUUGGUCUGCAUUAGGUGAUGAAAGGUGUUGUACUUAAAAAGUAGUAAUUUAUGAAAGUAAGGAAGUGAUGUUUGGCUUGUUUAAUAACUUCUUUUUAAAUAAUACAUUUUGUACAAUAAAUUCACUGUGCAACUUCAUCAUAACCACAAAGUGCCCCUUAUUUUCGGAGAAUUAAAAAUUGAUUAGCUCUUCAAUUGAGAAUGAAUAGUUUACUUUAAUUUGUUGAUAUUUUCAAAAAUUGUGUUGUCGAAAGUUCUAAAACUGGCAUGAGCUUGUGCAGAAAAGGAAAACAUUGUUAUAGAGAAAGACUGAUUAAACUUGAUAAGAAUUUUAAGAAACAGAGUAUUUAGUAAACAUUUCAUGUAACAUACAAGUUGUAAAGAAGAAUGUAAACAUUUUUAUAAAAGUGUAAUUAGAUAUAUUAUUUGUGAAGUUUUGAUUAGAACGUGCAAAAUGCAUGUGUAAAUAGCAUUAACUUACAGGAAGUACUGAAGAAAAAAUUAAUGUAAAAAUGUAUUAAUGCAACGUACUUCAAUGAGAAUUGUAUUUUAAAGCCUUAGACAUUUGUAUAUGUGUGUAAAUGCAAAAUAUGUUGAACUAAAAUAGGAGAAAAAUUACCUUUUUUGCAGAAAUUAUGGGUAAUAUGCAUUGUUAAAGGAAAUAAUUACAGCUGUUGCUGAGUCACAUGAAAAAUUGUAUGUAAUUUAUGUAUACGUAGUAUAUAACUGCAUGAUAUGUGUAGGAGACAGUGAACAUACAGGUAGUUGUUAGCAAGACAUGAUAAUAGAAGUGGUUGGAAAUAUUAAUCUUGUGAAUUCUUGAACCCUUUAUGAUGGCACUUUUGACUACUAUUCUUCAUUAUACUUACUUAAAAAACCUCUACAUUGUACAAUGAGAGAGUUUUCUUUAAAACUCGUUUGACAGAUGUUCCAAUAAUGCUAAUGUUCCAUUGUAACAUUUCCAUUUUCUAUGAGCAUCUGUAAAUAGUAUUUCUCUGGUUAUUGUACUGUCAUAUAUCUGGGUUAAGGAACAUGAAAGUUGAACAAAUAUUAUUAACAAAUGGCCACAGAGAAGCUCCACACUGUUUGUGUUUUACCCUUAGCAAAAUGUUUAGAAUCAGACAAUUUGUUCAAAAAAAUGGGAUACAAACUUCAUAAUAUCGUGAAUUUAAUGUCUUAGUUCUUGUCACUUGUUUUGUUUUCCUAGUGCAGUAGGAUUCUGAAACAACCAUAAAUCCAACUAAGAAUCUUUCUUUCCAUUCAAUAACUUGUUUUAAUAAUCUUCUGGGCAAACGUAGUUGUAGAGGGCUCUGUUUUACUAUUAUGUAGGUGUGUUUUCUCUAGUAUUACAGAAGACUUUCAUCUUCCUUUUGUCCAAUACCUGUUAGUCGUUCUGUCUGAAUUAUAUUUAAUGAAGAGCUCGGGCCACGUAAGUGUAAGUCCUUUGUGAUAUGUGUUAUUUUGUAUGAGUACAAUUCAUUAGAAGUAGUGAUAUAUCCUUCCUAUUGACUUCUAGUUCUAGAAGGGGUUUAACAUACACUUUUUGACAUAUCCUAGCUGACCAGUAGCUCCUUGAGUCAUGAAGAACUUGCAUAGUUGUUGUAGUCUGUGAACAUAUGUUUGUAUGAAAUAGUAACGUGUACUUUCAAACUAUGAAUAUGUGAAAGUAGCUUUGAAAUUGUAAAACGUGCAUAAAAAAUUUGUGUAAAUUUAGUAGAAAAUGCAAAUCUUUAUAUGUAGGAUUGAGAUGUAUGAAGGACAUUUUUGAUUAUUAAAGUACAAAAAUGUGACAAGUGUUCUUUAUAUUAAUAAAACAUUUUUCACAAGUGUUAAGCUUCAAAUUAAUUUAUCUUCUGUAUAGUUAGUAUUUUGUUUGUUGUAACAUUAUUAGGACAUGACACAAAGUGUAGUCAGAACUGUCGUAACAUCUGAAACAACAAGAAUAUUUUAAUGUGAAGCAGGUCAAGCAGAAAUACAACUGUGUUUUAAACAUUUGUAUUUAGCAGUUAUUGUUUGAACUCCUUAGGUAGUAUAUAAUUAACAUCAAAUAUGAUUUGUUGGCUUAAAUUUAUUGUGCUUCAUAUCUUUUUUGCAGGUGUAGCUUUAAAAGGAAUGUAUAUAUAUUGUAGGAAACUUGUGACUAUCGAAAACUAUGAAAUGUUACAUAUUAUUGUUCCAUAACUGACCAGAAGAUGAAAUUACAAGUAUUUUUCAAUACCUUAAUCUUUCAUAUAUACACUAUACACUUUUAAGUUCAACUAGAGGUGUAAAGAUGGAACAAUUGUGAUUAAUUUAAAUCAUUUCCAUAAAAAAAAAAUCUAGCUGGAAAAGUGUACUUACGAGAUUCAUUACCAUAGGAUGUAGAAAUGAAAGGCUUUUAGUGAUUGUUGAUAUUUUGUGAAAGAACACAAAAAAUGUUUGUUAAUUACAUUGUGCUAGGCAAUUGAACCAUACAAAUAUAUAUAUAUGUUUUGUUUUUUAAUUUCUGUGAUUAUGUCUGAUCCAGUAUAUGAUAAUUUGUGAGAUAUUGUUUCACAUAUUGAACAGAAACUAGAAUUUUCCUUAUUUAUAAAUAACUGCUUUUCUGUAAUUCUAUAAAACUCAAUAUGCAUCUUAAUAAAUAUUGAAUUUGGGGCCAAAAUAAUUUAGAGAAUGCAGUACUAAUAAAGAAAAUAUAGCUUUGAUAUUGCAGUUCAACAAUAUCAUUGGAGUUUCCCCUGUUUGAGUUCCUAAAGCCAGGUUAUUGCGUUCUUUCUAAUUUCAAUGAAACUGUACAAUAAGAAAUGCUGUUAAAAACUGGCUAUCUUUUAAUUGCUAAAUCCACAUUUAAAAAUGCAUAAAGAGGUCUUGUCAUAAAUGGGUGUUUGCCCUUUUACAGUUGGUAACUUUUAACUGAAAAUACAGUUGUAAGUUAUCAGUUUUAUUGUUUUAUUUGAAACUCCUUAAAAAUUCCACUCAUAGUAGCUCUAUUGAAAUUAGGUUUCUGUAUACUUAUGAACAGAACAUGGUUAAAAGAUUUGUGGCUGUUGAGAUAACACCAAGCAGAUUAAACAAUUGUAUAGCUACUAUGAUCGCUCAGUUAUUUCUUGCUCAACAUAAUGAUGUUAUUUAUCAGGGAUAAUGAAAAUGUGAAGAUUUAAAAUUUGGUCUAGAAGCAGCACAUUAAUUACUGAAAGUUAGUAAAAGAAGGUAUUGUCCACUGAGGGUAGUCUUAAUAGAAUUAUCAUUUAUAAUGCCUAAUGAUAAUGUAUUUUAAAAUCGAACAAUAGGCUACAUUGUGUCUUCUAGUACUGUAUAGUAGUCUCUUAAACAGUUUAAUCUACAAGUCUCUCUUCCCCUGUCUUAUGAUACUUCUGUUUUCAUUUAAAAUAAUUCGGUACAUUAGCAGAGUAUGUGUUGUUUGAAUAUUUUUAAAAAUCUUGUACCUUUAUAAGAAAGGUUUUGUUAAAUGGGAACUUUGCUAAAGCUUGUUAGUGGUGGAACUAAGUCAAAACUACUCAUUUUGUUGGUGGCUGACUAUCUUGUUCUUUGUAAUAUAUAUAUAUAUUAAGAUGACGAUAGAUACGAUGUCUUAUGACAGAACUGGGAAGGGAUAUUUCUUUGUGAAUGAUGAUUUCCAUGUAAAUUUGUUACAUUUUGUAGAAUAAUUGUAUCAUAAAAGAUUGAAAUGUACCAGUGGAGCCAACAUCUUGGAUAAGAAGUUCCAGUCUAUAGUGACUGUUUUGUUUGCUUCUGAAAUAUAUGAAUUGAACUUGUAUUUAUAUAAUCGAACAAGAUGUAAUAAUUGAAAAAUGUAUAACUGUGUAUGCAUUAUUCAGAAUAAAUGCUUGAAUAAUUUUCA